AUGACAGAGGAAGAAGAGUCUAAGAGGGUCUCGGUACAGGUGUCCUCCUUGUCAACUCAGCUUAUUGAAAGUAUAGACAAGCAGUCGCACCUAGAAGAACAGCUUUUGCAAGCCCGGAAGGUAAUUGCAAGCCAACGAGAAUCUUUACAGAACUAUGAAGAUUUGAGACAGCAGUUAGAGCAGGCGGAGUCCAAUUUAAAAUCCGAAAGGUCCCAAAACAUCAAGAUCCAAGAAGAGCUUCAGGCAGCGCGAUCAGGCAAGUUAACAGCCGAGGGCGAAAUUGACAGACUAAACAAAGAAGUUGAGGAUCUCACGGCCUCACUUUUCGACGAGGCCAACAACAUGGUAGCUGAUGCGCGAAGAGAAACGCAUAGUGUUCAAGUCAAGAAUUCCAAGUUAGCUGAACAACUUCAAGAGAAAGAGACCCUUUUGGAAACCCUCGAAAUACAGCUCAAAAAUUUAAAGAAAGUUCUGUAUAACCUUGAAGAAGAGAGUAAUGAUAGGCUGAAGUCAAAUCAGGCAUCUGUCGCUGCAGAGGACAGCGUCGCUUCCUCGUCAGAAUCGGCCCUCGAAAAAACCAUGAAUGCAUUAAACGGGACGGCUUCGCCCCCAAGCCCUGCUCUUUUUUCUCCACUGCUGAAAUCUUUACGUUACGAUUUGGUCCUGUACAAUGAGUUUUUGAAGUUUAUUGCAGCCCUUCCUCAGUGUGCUUCUAUAAGAGAUUCUACGUCUUACUCUAAACUGUUGAGGAGAUUGAUACAUGAUGAGAUUCAGCCUGUGCUUCGCCUGGAUAAUGCAAGCGGUAUUGGGUGGUACUUGAGGCGCAAUCUUAUGAGUUUAAUGAUUGAUGGAUCGAUUGUUGUUGAGCCAGUCAGUGGUAUAAACGAGACGUACAGAGUGGGGCACAUGUCCUCUCAAGUUGAAGCGGUACCACAGUUUCAGGGACCAGAACAGCAGUCGCGGCCCCAUCUUUAUAACUACCCGGCAGAUUCCCCUCCUGUAGCAAUCGAGAGCCCUUGUUCCUUCUGCUCCGAGAGUAGAAAUGAUAUUUUAGAACAUGGCAGGCUUUAUGUCUUGAAAACACUACAGAAAAUGGAAAAUGGUAUCACUGAAACAAGUUCCCAAUUUCCCCUCUGCCACUAUUGUUUGCUAAAGGUUCGACAAACUUGCGAAAUUUUUGCAUUUCUCAGGUCACUAAAGAGUGGUGCUUGGCAUUUAGAAGCUGUAACUAUUUCCAAAACCAAUAACGCCUUUUCGGUCCAAACCAAUUCAGUCUCAAAUUCCCCAACCCUUGAAAGCCCUCCUGAUAAAAUGAAACCCGACAGAAAGUCCAAACGAAUGAGUUUUAUGGCAGGCUUGUCCAAGACAUUACCUCUCAAGACAAGUUAUACUGUCGAGAGUGCUUCACCUUGUCCUGAACAAAUUACUACGCCAACAACAAACAUUCAGCGGGCAUGGGCACAGCUCUGUAAAUUACGUUCUUCGUUACACUGGGCUCAUAUAGGUAUUUGGACCCUGGAAGAUGUUGUUGAGACAAAAGUAGGGCCUGUUGUUGCGGUCGAUCGACCCGGUAACGACUCCAUAGUUGGAGACGGCCUUGUUCCGGAACUUGGCCAAGAAGCGCGCGAGUCUUUUAGUCUUCAUAACGAGGAAGAGGUAGACAACGAAGAAGGAUUUGACUUCGAAAAAAUGAACAGUACAUUAGAGAGCGCGGGGUUGGAGGGUAAGGAGACUUCUCAGACUACACAAACAAGCUCUGGAAAUCCCACCACAUUGGACCCCAGGACGUCGGAGGGUGGCGACGCUGGAGCAAAAAUCGGCGCUUCCUUUGUUCAAACAAUCGCAGACUCCGAUACUGGCGCAUCAUCCCCAAUACAAGAAAGCCAAACAAAGACAGCAAGAACCGUGGAAAAAAAGGCAGCUGUUCCUGGUUCUAUUGACCUAGAUGAGCAAAAUUACGCCCAAAAUGUCGAAGCUCCAGCAAGGAUGGUUAAAAGUCGAACAAGUGAGGCCCCCAAUGGCGAAGGAACUGCUGAAAACAUUAUUGAACUUGUGGCUGAAAGCGAUACUAAAAAAAUAACUGGAAAAGCUCCAGAAUCAGCCAGCUCUGAUCAUGCAAAAUCGCGUAGCGAACUCCCAUCUCAAAGUGCUACCGAUGAUGAAGAAGCUGGCUUUGAUGAUGCUCGUAGCACGUUUUCUUGA